AUGGCUUGCUGUCCCGUAAAUUCUUGUUAUCUCGCAGUGGCACCCCUCGCAAAUUCGCAGUGCCAGUAUGUCAGUACCAACGGCUCCUCUUCACUUAACGGAGUUGCCACUGGUGCUUGCGCCCCUUUUGGUGGUUAUGGUGCCGUCGUAAGAGCCUGCGGUUGUCUUGUUGGAACCAAUGCUCCAGGUGGAUGUGGUUCUGGCUGUGCGGGUUCAGCUGGAAUUGGUAUAGGAUACGCCCUCAACACUCCUUUAUCGGAGAUGAUAGGUGGAGUAGCAAAGCUGGAAGGAGAAUCGGUAUGCCCUGGGACUACUGCAUAUUAUUGUCCAUCUGGUCAAGUUUGCAAGACAAGGGACGGAUCUGCGCCUUAUUGUUGCAAUGGUAGUAUGUAA